AUGAUGUUGAAAGUGGACUUGAGACUGUGCCUUGGGCUUCUGUUGCUCCUUGGGGUUGCCUGCGCCAAGGUGGAUGUCAGCAGCCAAUCUGAAAAAUCGCCCCUUUCCACCCUGACCCUGGAUGAGAUCGAAGAGAGACUUCAGCUAUGUCCUGUUGUCGUUGAUCUCAACACUGAGAAGCUCGCUGGCGCUCCUGAGACCUCAACCCUGAGCUCACGGGUAUUCGGAAUCCUCUUUCCUGGAAGUCCCGCUGUGAAUGCCAUUCUGGCGACCCUCUACAUUUCUGGGCCACCAAACUUUCUUCUGGCACUAUGCCCACCCAAUAUUGAUCCCUCCUCCUUGUCAGUCAUGGUUGCAUUCGCUGUAGGAGGCUUAUUGGGCGAUACGCUCUUCCACCUGCUGCCCGAAAUUUUCCUGGGCGAAGAUAGCAGCGAACACGUCAGGUUCGUCCUUGUGGAGCCUAAUCGCAACCUCCUACUGGGAGCUGCCAUUAUGGUUGGCUUCAUGACCUUUGUCGCGAUGGACAAAGGACUACGCAUUGCAACCGGUGGCGAAGGGCAUGAUCAUAGUCACGGCAGUGCUCCAGUAGAUCCAUCUCAAAGUCAAGCAUCCUCUACCUCGAUCGACGCCAUAAAUGGCGAGGCAAGAUCCCGGAAGAAGCCUCAGAAGUCAUCCGAAGUAUCUGCUGUGUCAGACAAGGCGGAUGCAAAGGAGAUCAACCCCAGCGCUAAGUUGGGAGGUUACCUCAAUCUCAUUGCUGACUUCACGCACAACAUCACUGAUGGUUUGGCUAUGUCGGCUUCAUUCUACGCAUCUCCUACCAUAGGGGCUACCACGACUGUGGCCGUAUUCUUCCACGAAAUCCCGCACGAAGUCGGUGAUUUCGCUCUGUUGAUCCAGUCGGGCUUUUCGAAGCGAGCUGCGAUGGGUGCCCAGUUUGUGACUGCGCUAGGAGCUCUGCUGGGCACCCUCAUCGGCAUAGCAGUCCAAGAGUUCGGCGGAAACUCGGCCACGUCUGCGGUAGGGAUGCACGGAGGCCUACUGGGGACCUCUUUGACUUGGGGCGACAUGUUGCUGCCGUUCACUGCCGGGACUUUCCUGUACGUGGGAACUGUUGCUGUCAUCCCGGAGCUUCUCGAGACAGGGCCACACAAAAGCGCCGAGUUGCGCAAGAUGCUCACUCAAUUCGCUGCCAUUGCCGUUGGCGCCGGCAUCAUGCUGUACAUCUCAUGGGAUUGA